AUGGUACGCACACGAAACGCAGACAAGGCUGCGCAAGAGGAGGGCAAGGAAGAGCAGGUUAUUGAGCAAACGACCGCGACCGAGACUACUCGCGAAUCACCCGAUGAAAGCGCCGAGCCGAAGGCCGAUACUCCUUCAGAGGAGAAGAAAGAAGAUGCUGCACCAAAAGCGACAGAUCGAAUGGCUAGGUUCAAAGCCUUGCAAGCUCGAGCGAAAUCUGCAACCGAGCGCAACCUUAAAGAGACGGCAGCCGAGUCUCAGCGCCUGACUACAGAUCCUGCUGUCAUGAACAACCUGUCCCGUAAGCAUGCAUUUGCUUCCCACAAUCUGCUCAAGGCCGACACCGAAGCGGCUGGCGAGGACUUUGAACGCAAGCGUGCGUGGGACUGGACCGUUGAUGAAUCUGAGAAGUGGGACAAGCGCAUGGACAAGAAGUCACGCCACCGAAAGGAUGUCGCGUUCCAGGAUUAUUCCCAGGAUGCGCGGAAGGUGUACAAAAGACAGCUCCGCGAUCUCCCCCGAACAUUGAAGCAGAAAAUGGCUGCUAUUGAAAGAGCCGCAGCCAACGGUGAUCUUGAAAUCGUGGAGACGGAGGAUGGCGAGAUGAUCGCAGUCGAUAAGAAUGGGAGCUUCUACUCUACUGCAGACUCCACCGGCUUCACACAGAGCAAACCAGACCGUGCUGCAGUCGACAGACUGGUUGGCGAUAUUCACAAGGCCGAAGAGGUCCGCCUCAAGAAGCGCAAGGAGCGCCGCGGUGACGAUGACUCGGAUGUGACAUACAUCAACGAGAAGAACAAGCAGUUCAACCAGAAGCUGGCUCGCUUCUACAACAAGUACACAACGGAGAUCCGUGACAGCUUCGAACGUGGAACCAUGAUUUAA